UUGCGUCAUCUCAUUUUCCGCCCAAAACAAAACGUUCCCUGGCGCUCGUCAAGGGAGAAAGAGAAAAGACAAAAAGAGCAGAGAAAAUGACGGAAAGUGAAGGAAAGCGUGCGAAAAUGCUCAAAGAGAAGAAAGGCGGAAGCCUCCUCGUUUUCACCGGAGGAGCUGCGGUGCUCGCGAUUGCGGCGAAUCUCGCCAUCACCGCAUUAAAGCACCGCAAGGAAAAAAAUGCAAAGAAGAAAGAUCUUGCAGGUUCUAAGGUUCGUGUUAACCUAUCUGCGCCUGAGAUUCUUAAGUUAUCUGAACAAAUCAUUGCCAACUCAAAGAAGGUCCAUAAUUCUGUUGCGUCGGUGCCUCUCGACAAAGUUACAUAUGCAAAUGUUAUAGAACCUCUGGCAGAACUGCAAGCACAGCAAUUUCCACUGGUUCAGUCUUGUGUGUUUCAGAAGAUGGUAUCUACUCGGGAGGAUGUACGCAAGGCAAGUGCAGAAGCAGAGCGAAGAAUAGAUGAUCAUUUUGAUGCGUGCAGCAAACGUGAAGAUGUCUACCUUGUCAUUAAAGCUUGCAGUAAGGGGCGAGAAGAUGAAUGCUGAAGCAGGCGCUUUGUUCAAACUCUGGUGAGAGACUUUGAGCGAAAUGGACUGAACCUCACUGCAAGCAAAAGAGAAGAGCUGCAGCGUAUAAGAGCUGAGAUUGAUGAGUUAAGCAUCAAAUAUAUCCAAAAUCUCAAUGACGAUACCAAGAUUUUCCUCUUCAGUGAAUCAGAGUUAGUUGGAUUACCUCCGGAAUUUCUCAAGGAAUUAGACAAAUCGGAAAAUGGAAAUUCAAAAUUUUCCCUAGAAGUCAUCACGUUUGCAGCUGUGCUUUCAAUUUUGCAGGUUGGAACUACUAGGAAGAUGGUAGCAGGGGCAUAUGGGAAGCGGUGUGGGGAAACCAACAUUUCUGUCUUGGAAAGCCUGUGCAAACAGCGUCAUAAAUAUGCUCGUUUACUUGGCUUUUCAUGCUAUGCAGAGUAUGCCAUCGAUGUUAGAAUGGCAAAGACUCCUAAAAAGGUGUUUUGAGUUCCUGAAAGACAUAUCAGCAAGUUUAACUACUUGGCCACGAAAGAACUUAAUAUGUUGAAAGAUUUGAAGAAGAAAGAAGAAGGAGAGCUUCCAUUUGGAAUUGAGGACCUACUAUAUUAUGUAAAACGGAUUGAAGAACAGAGCUACGAUUUGGAUUUUGGAGAAAUCAAGCAAUACUUUCCGAUUAGUGUGGUUCUAUCUGGGAUCUUCAAAAUUGUCCAAGAUCUAUUUGGCUUAAGGUUUGAGGAGAUUUCAGGAGAUGUUUGGCAUUCUGAUGUUCGUGUUUUUACAGUGCUGGACUUGGGUUCUAGCGAACUCUUAGGUUAUUGUUACCUUGAUUUGUUCGCAAGGGAAGGAAAAUAGGGUCAUACUUGUGUGUUUCCUCUCCAGAAAGGCAUUACAAUCAGUGGGGCAAAACAGAUACCAGUUGCGUUGCUAAUAUCUCAGUAUCAGAAGGAAACUGAUGGUAGUUCUGGAUUAUUGCGGUUUUCUGAAGUGGUCAGCCUUUUCCAUGAGUUUGGCCACGUGGUUCAACAAAUUUGCAACCGUGCAUCGUGAUGCCAGAAUUUCUGGAUUGUGUUUGAUCCAACUUUUUGGAAAUCCUUCUCUACUGUUUAGAAAAACUGGUGUUAUGGCUAUUCUCUCAAGUUGAUUUCAGAUUCGCAUCAGGAUAUUACAAAACCGUUGAAGGAUGACAUAUGCAAUUCAAUUAAAAGAUGGAACUCUUUUUCUGCACUUAAAUUGAAGCAGAUAUUCUAAUGCUGUCUUUUUGACCAAAUCAUACAUUCCACGGAUAACAUAGACGUGCAUGAAUUAUUCAAGCAUCUUCAUCCCAUGGAGAUGUUGGGCUUGCCGAUACCAGAAGGAACCAAUCCAGCGUCAUAUUUUCCUUCUACUGUCAUAGGUUAUGAGGCAGCUUGCUAUAGUCGUAUAUGGAGUGAGGUUUGUGCUGCUGAUAUAUUCGCCUCAAAGUUCUGCAACGAUGUUUCAAACCAGCAUGCCGGCAUGCAAUUCAGGAACAAGGUUUUGGCCACGGUCGGAAUGAAAGAUCCUAAUGAUGUCUUAUCAGACUUUCUAGGAAGAGAACCAUCAAUCCAAGCUUACAUUGAGAACAAAGUCAAUUAUGUUUCGUAAGGCUUAUUGGCUGAAAUUGUAUAUUGGCAAUUUUUUUUGAAGCAUCGUUUUUCAUUGAUAAUUAAUAGGUUAUAAUAA